GGGCCUUCAGCCGAGCGCUGAGAUGAGAACGAAGGUCCCGGGAAGGGGGUCUUUUGUUAGCCAGAGUCCAUGACGUUGCCAAGCAGUUGCCAAGUCGGAAUUCCGCUCCCUUUCAACACGAAUCAGAGCAGAGCAGGGCGAAAUCUCAAUCAAGAUGGAGAGAAACACGUUGGGAUGUUUCUUUGUAGUCUGCAUAUUCUACACAGCUCUCGCAGGUGAUAGUUGCUCUCUGGAGCUGCGGCCCUCCAGGGUCGUGGUCGCCUUCGGGGAGACCGUGACGGUCAGCUGCGUGGCCUCCCGGCCGGUGCGGGUGCUGGGCUGGGAGUCAGCCGUCGGAGCCACACACACACUGAACGACCAGGCGGUGCAGUGGAAAGUGGACAGCCUGAUCGACUGGAUUGAGGAGCCCAUCUGCUAUGGAGUAUUUUUCACCGCGCCCAGACAGUGUGAGGAGAAACUGAACCUCGUCCUUUACAAAAGCCCAGACACCGUCUCCAUCAGUCUCAAUCACACCGGCACUAUGGUGGAGGGGAAGGAGUAUCAGUUGGUGUGUGAGGUACAGAACAUAGCGCCGGUACAGUACCUCACCCUGAGGUGGUACAGGGGCGAGAGGGAGGUGUACAACCACUCCUUCUCCGACCUGACGCCCACCACACCAGUACAAGUAUCCUCCUCUCUCCUCAUCACCCCGUCCGUCGCUGACCACGGGGUCCAGUAUAAGUGCAUGGCUGAGCUGGACCUGGGGAUAGACGGGCCACAGCCUACCCCGCGAGUGACCUCUCAGCCCCUGGACAUCGCUGUCCAAUAUGCUCCUUUGUUCUCCAGCGCGGCGGAUGAGAGCCUGGAGCUGAGCAAAGGAGAGGAGGCGACUCUGAACUGCACGGCCACAGGCAACCCCCCGCCCACCUACACCUGGAGCACCACGGCCCUCCUCCCCCUGGAGAAGACAGAGGACCUCCCCGUGCUCACCUCCACCUCCCUGAGGCCUGGCACCUACACAUGCACGGCCUCCAACAUCCUGGGAAAGAGGAGCAAGCAGUUUGUCAUCAAGCCCCGAGCUUAGGGGGGCAGGCAGCCAUGGCUGGACUGGAAGAGGAUAGCCCUGUCUCCACAAAAGGGGUUCCACGCGCUUCUGUUUUUUUUUCAUCUGGUGCAUCAACGGGAGGGAGACAGGUAAUCUUGAACGAAGAGAAGACACCGGAGCAGCACAGAUGGGAUGCUUUUCUUUUUAAUUCAAGUGCA